GUCGUUGCCUUCUCUUCUCUUUCCUCCAUCCUAUCCCUCUCCCCCUCGCUCAGGAUGUUACCCUAUCUUUGUUACGUGUUAUUGAUUUUGUUCAGCAAGCCUCUGUUUGCCAAAGAAGUUGUCUAUAACUUCAAUGUCACCUGGGUGACGGCCAAUCCCGAUGGACUGGCUGAGCGCAAGGUGGUGGGUAUCAACGGUCAAUGGCCACUGCCUGUCAUCGAGGUCGACAAGGGCGAUCAACUGAUUGUGCACACGUAUAACGGCCUGGGCGACAAGAGUACCAGUAUCCAUUGGCAUGGCAUGUUCCAGAAUGGCACCAACGAGAUGGAUGGGCCAUCGAUGGUUACCCAAUGUCCUAUCGCUCCCGGUUCAAGCUUCACCUACAACUUCACGGUCAACCAGAAUGGGACUUAUUGGUACCACUGCCACACGGACUACUGCUACCCGGAUGGCUAUCGACAGGCUUUGAUCGUCCAUGACAACACCUCCUACUUUGCCAACGACUAUGACGAGGAGCUUCUUGUGACCAUCAGCGAUUGGUAUCAUGAGCUGGCCGAGGACAUCAAGCCCGAGUUCAUGUCGCUGUACAACCCUACCGGUGCUGAACCCAUUCCGAAUUCCUGGUUGUUCAACGACACUCAGGGUCUUAGCUUGUCAGUGAAACCAAACACAACAUACCUUCUGCGACUGGUCAAUAUCGCUGCGUUUACCGCACAGUAUUUCUACAUCGAGGACCAUACAUUCAAGAUUGUCGAGAUUGAUGGUGUUUACACGGAGCCCACUGAGGCAGACAUGCUCUAUAUUGCGGUCGCUCAACGGUAUAGCGUGCUUCUGACCACCAAAGACACGGCCGACAAGAAUUAUCCCAUCGUCACGGUGGUAGACUCUACGCUGCUGGACACCAUUACUCCCGACCUCCAGCUAAAUAACACCAAUUGGCUUGAGUAUAACACCUCCGCUUCGCACCCCCAAGCCACCAUGACAGUGGAUGAAUCGUCCGAUCUCAACCCCUUCGAUGAUGCCACCCUCGUUCCCUAUGACCACAUGCCACUACUGGAGGACCCAACUGUGACUGUAAAUGUGGCCGUGGUCAUGGACAACCUCAAUAAUGGAAAGGGAUAUGCUUUUCUGAACGAUAUCAGUUAUACCGCUCCCAAGGUCCCUAUCUUGUAUACAGUCAUGUCUGCAGGUGAGCAGGCCACCGACCCCACCGUUUAUGGUGACUACACUCACACUGUGGUGUUGAACCACAACGACAUUGUGGAGAUCAUCCUCAACAACAAUGACACGGGCUCCCACCCGUUCCACCUUCACGGCCACAAUUUCCAAGUGAUCGACCGUUACCCGCCCUAUGGCCCGGAUUUCUUCGAGUUCGCGGAUGCCGGGGUUCCCCAGCCAUACGACCCCUCCAACCACUCCGCCUUCCCUGCAUACCCGCCACGACGUGAUGUGGUCGUCUUGCCGCCAGAGGGAUACGUUAUCCUUCGAUUCCGAGCGGAUAAUCCGGGAGUGUGGAUCUUCCACUGCCACAUCGACUGGCAUCUGAUGCAGGGGUUGGCCAUGAUCUUCGUCGAGGCUCCCCUUAUGAUCCAAGAGGAACUGACCAUUCCCGAGGACCACUACGCGGCUUGCCGCGCAUCGGGCAUGGAGUAUGAAGGCAAUGCAGCAGGUAACACGGAAGACUACCUCGACCUGAAGGGCCAGAACAAGCAGCCCGGUUUCAUUCCGGACGGGUUCACCACGCGCGGUAUUGUGUCGAUGGUCUUCACGGUCUUGAGUGCCCUCCUGGGGAUGGGGUCGAUCAUACUCUAUGGUCUGUCCGAUCUCAAGUUCGUCAAAAAGCCGGAGACGCAGGCCGAUGCCAAUGCACCGAAUGGAGAGGGAGACGAGUUUCGUGAUUAGAGACCCCUCGGCGAGAGUUGGAUAUCCAAUGUUGUAACUUUGUCAUUUUGCCCAAAAUAGUGUAUGUCGUUCACAUCUUUAAUGUCAAUUGGUUUUUAAUUUCAUUUGGUAUCAUGCAGCGCGCAGAGGACCUGUUUCGCUCUCGUGUUGUGACAGAUUUUUUGUACCGUCUUUGUUGGUUAUCGACCCCUACCGCGGCGCUAUGACACCUUAUUAGAUUGCAGCGGCACUCCGAGACAGCGCCACUUUCACCCAAUUUGCAACUUGCCGAUCGCCCAUCGUGGGCUAGUAGCGCCCAUGCGUGCUUCCUCGCCCGUGCGUGUUCCUCGGACCAGCAGAAAGGUAUUGCUUCGACAGCGGUGUCACGGCGAGAAGCUCUGCUUCCCUCGCCAAAACUCACAUCCUCG